UUGAGGCGCUCUCCUACGUGUUCAUCUACCAGGAUCGACGUUGAGACAACAGGAACCAGAAGAGCUUUGGCCAAAAGAAGAGAGGCAAAAAAAAAGAGAAGGAGCGAUUGCCUUGCCUUCUAAUUUCUCCCUCUCCAGCCCCAGAACAAUGUCGAUGAGCCCUAAGCAUACGACUCCUUUUUCUGUUUCCGAUAUCUUGAGUCCCCUCGAGGAGAGCUAUAAGAAAUUAAGCAUGGAGAAUAACAACCUGGGGGCACCUCUCACUUCUUACCGGCAGCCGCAGGUUUCCCAGGCGGCGAUGCAGCAGCACCACAUGGGCCACAAUGGGACUGUGUCUGCGGCUUACCACAUGACUGCGGCAGGUGUCUCUCAGCUGUCACACUCGGCCAUGGGGGGCUACUGUAACGGCAACCUGGGCAACAUGGGCGACCUGCCGUCGUACCAGGACGGCAUGAGGGGCAGCGCCAACGGCUGGUACGGAGCCAACCCGGACCCGCGCUUCUCCACCAUUUCUCGCUUCAUGGGUUCGUCGUCGGGCAUGAACAUGGGCAGCAUGGGCAGCCUCAGCUCCCUUGCGGACGUGGGCAAAGGCAUGGGCUCCCUGUCCAGCACCCCGCGGAGAAAGAGGCGAGUGCUGUUCUCCCAGGCGCAGGUGUACGAGCUGGAGCGGCGCUUCAAGCAGCAGAAAUACCUGUCGGCGCCGGAGAGGGAGCACCUGGCGAGCAUGAUCCACCUCACCCCGACCCAGGUGAAGAUCUGGUUCCAGAACCACCGCUACAAGAUGAAGAGGCAGGCCAAGGACAAGGUGUCCCAGCAGCAGAUGCAGCAGGACGGUGGCUCUUGUCAGCAGCAGCAGCAGCAGCAGUCCCCGCGGAGGGUGGCUGUGCCGGUGCUGGUGAAGGACGGGAAGCCGUGCCAAGGCACCGGCCACACACCCACGUCCUCCGCACAGACGCACCACCAGCAAGGGGGCAACGUCAUGAUCAUGUCCAACAACACGUCCGGCCUCGGGCAGCACCAGGGCGGGCAGGUGGGCAGCACGGGCCACUCUCCGGACCUGGCCCCGCACUCCUCCAGUCCCCCGUCGCUGCAGGGCCAGGUGCCCGGCCUGUCGCACCUCAACUCCCCCGGCUCAGAGUACGGCUCGGCCCUGCAGUGUUCCGCCCUGUUGUACGGCAGGACGUGGUGACAACAGGCGGCGGCUCAGAGCUCACACCUGGACAGGACUUCGAGUUGCACCGUGUAAAUGUGAUACAUAUCUGAAAGAGAAGCUCCUCUUGCACUUCCACCUUUUGGAAAAAAAGAAAAAUUUAAAAAAGACGCGAGACUCACGUGGAAGAAAAACACUCGUCCUGAAACUGCGGGAUGUUGAAAGUCUUGGGAUUUAUUUAUGUAAAUUAUAUCGAGAACAAGAGAAGAAUCGCGUAAAAACGCAAAAAGAGGAGAAGUGAAGCUGCAGAAACUGGGUGCUGUUCGAUUCCCUCCAUCCUCACAAACAAACAAACAAACAAACAAUCAGACACUUGAUGAUUUAAGAUAGAAUUUAAUGUAAGCCGUAGAUCUAGCUUGUAUAUUUCUGUAAGAGGUUUGGAUUUUAGCUCUCUGUUGUACAAAGUUUUUGACGCUAUUGACGGUUUGUUGUCGUUUCAUUGGUAUUUGUACACGUUUUAUUUCUUUGUAACUUAUAUAGAUAUUUGACUUACUACAGAACAGUCCUAUUAAUAAAUUAUGGAACACACG